UGUGUUCCCUGUGUGUACUCCCCUCACCCAGUCCCAAAUCCUGCUGCUUCUUGCCAUAGGUGCUUUGAUAGCCAAGGCUCAGAAUUCCUCAUCUCUGAGCUUUCUGGUCACUGGAUUAAGUUUAUCAGGGAUUCAAACGUCUUUUGGGUAUGGGCAAUGAUAAAGUCUAUUGUUUUAAUUGCUAAACUUUUACUAAGAUAUAAACCUUAUCUCUGUAAGACCAUUAUAUGAGCUUUCUGUGCCUCAGAAUUUAUAAGAUUAUUGGGUAUGGUUAAAAAUCUAUAGAAUCUGCAGCAAAGAUUGACUUAAAACUUACAACACAAGGUUAAUAAUUAGAAGGCUACAUCGGUAAUCUUAAAACAGACCUAACCCACCAAUGUCUAUAGUUUUGGGCAAAUAUUCAAAUGUAUUAACCUUGCUUUUAACCUCUGUAGUUGUGCUUCUGAUUGUUUUCUUAACUGAAAUAUGUCAACCCCUAAUAUGGUUUUUAAGCUCACCCUGAGAAAGGUUCAAGGCUAUACUGGCAUCCUAAACACCCAUUAUUGUCACCAGCCAAUUAAAUUUAGGGCCACAACUACUAAACACCAGAAACUGGGAUAUUUCUAUCUUAUGAUGCAGCAAUACCUAAGCAGUCUGACAAAAAUCCUAUAAAAUGUCUCUCCCUUAUCUAAGAUCUCUUCGAGCUAAUAGAGACUGAUUUAGAAAUGCACAUCUAGCCUUAGUUAUUUUGAUAAAGUGAGUCAUAUAAGACGCUAUGAUAUUCUGCAAUGGUGUACUAUAAAAGGACCAGGAGAGUAAAGCUGACAGUCUCCCUAUGGACUGUAGUUAUGAUUUAAAGUUUUAUUUUGAUACUAAACAAGCUUCAAUUAAAAAUUGUAAUGUUUAAGGUUAAAUUUAACAGGGAUGCUGGGCAUUGGUGGCGCAUGCCUUUAAUCCCAGCACUCGGGAGGCAGAGGUGGAUAACUGUGAGUUCAAAGCCGGCCUGGUCUCCAGAGAGAGUGCCAAGAUAGGCUCCAAGGCUACACAGAGAAACCCUGUCUUGAAAAACCAAAAGAAAAAAAAUUAACAGGGAUAAAACUGUAGAAUACUAAUCUUAUAAAAAGCUACUAACUUGUAGCUACAGACUUGUUAAAGAUAAUUAAGACAUGCAGAUUAAUAAAUGAUCACCUUAUAAAUAAUCAAAUUCUUUACAAACAUAACUCAUUUGCAGGGGCAAGCUUUAUUUAGCCUCCUAUAUAUGUUUUCAAGGUUAAACCUAGCACAAAUAACGAAAAACAAGGUUUAUUUAAAACUUGGUAUAUUUAAUAGACAGCUGACAGAACUUUUCAGAGAUCUGCUGAAUAUGACAUUUAAAAUGUUUAAUGUCAAAAGCUUACUAUGACAGACAGAGAUUCCAACUCGCAGCAGCAACCCUGAGGUAUCCAGAGAAGAUGAUGGGACACAACUCCACCUGGAUUGUGUAAGGUCAGUCCCUCGGCUUCCUCCUGGAUCCGGCAGCCACAGGCCAAUGCUGUCCUGCAUCGUAGCUGUCCUGUAUGACAAAGACCUACAAUCAUUGCCCCCAAUGAAGCCAUCAAGACCUCCGGAGCAGCCAUCUAGGUAAUGGUCGCGGAUCGUUCAGAGAGGAAGGGGCGUGGUCCUGAGCGGAAGAGCAAGGCCACAGAAUGGAAGUAGUCGGAACCCAGAGGCUGCCGGAACCCGGAACCAGUGAGAACGUGGGACUAACCGGAGCCCGGAAGUGCGGACUAACACUGCGGCUGUUCCGGAAGCUCGCGUCUAAGCAUGGCUUUGGGAGGAAAGGAACCCAAAAGAAAGAAGGGCCAGGAGCGGAGACAGAGCCCCGAAGAUGGCGUGGGGAAUGCGGCCUCCGAAUACUUGGUGGGACAGGUUGCCGACAGCCUGCGGGGCGGCCAGCGCCCUCCUGGAGGCGGGACGGGGCGACUGGCCGCUCUCUUCAGCACCGCGGAGCCACGCGCCCCACCUGUGUUUGUGCCUGUGCCCCAGGAAACAUCUAAAAAAAGAAAACAUGAAGAAGAAGAAGAAGAAAGUACAUCCCAGAUUAAAAAGCCAGCUUUGCAAACACCUGCAAAAAAAGUGAAAGCGAAGAAACUCUCUGAUGCAGACAAGAGACUGGCAAACAGGGAAAGUGCUCUAGCAAAUGCUGAUCUAGAGGAAGAGAUUCAUCAGGAGCAGGGGCAGGAAAGGAGAAAGUCUCAGUCUCAUGGUAAAGCAGCAGGUGGAAAGGCACUUGGUGUUGCCCUCAGCCUCGAUGGGGACCAAAGAACAAAAAUCCCACCCAACCCUGAAGAAGAGCGGUUGAAAAAUGAGAGGACUGUGUUUGUUGGCAAUUUGCCUGUCACAUGUAAUAAGAAGAAGCUGAAGUCACUUUUUAAAGAGUAUGGACAGAUAGAAUCUGUACGAUUUCGUUCUGUGAUGCCAGCAGAGGGAACACUAACGAAAAAGUUGGCCGCAAUAAAACGUAAAUUUCAUCCUGACCAGAAAAGUAUCAACGCAUAUGUAGUGUUUAAGGAUGAGAGUGCUGCUACAAAAGCACUGCAGAGAAAUGGGGCACAGAUUGAAGAAGGAUUUCGUAUUCGAGUUGAUCUCGCAUCUGAAACCACCUCUAGGGACAAGAGAUCAGUAUUUGUGGGGAAUCUUCCUUACAAAGUUGAAGAGGCUGCUUUGGAGGAACACUUUCUGGACUGUGGGAGCAUUGUGGCAGUGAGGAUCUUGAGAAACCCACAGACAGGAGUCGGCAGAGGGUUUGGCUAUGUGCUCUUUGAGAAUACAGAUGCUGUUCAUCUUGCUUUGAAGUUAAAUAAUUCUGAGCUAAUGGGAAGAAAACUGAGAGUCAUGCGUUCUGUUAAUAAAGAAAAACUAAAACAACAAAAUUCAAAUUCAAGCUUGAAGAACGCCAAUAAAUCUAAGCAAAAACUCAGUUUUACUUCCAAAGAUUCAGGACAUUCCAAAAAUGCAUUUAUUGGAGAAAAGGCAGUUCUCAUGAAAAAGAAGAAAGGACAAAAGAAGAAAGUAAAAACAAAGAAGCAAAAAAAACAGUAACAAUGACCGAAGCUGCCUCCUUCCUUUCUGAGUGAAUCUUUGCAAUGAAUGUCUGGGUUUUUUAUGGAUUGUGUGGAAAAUGUGGAGAUUUCCACAGUGUUUUUUGGGUUUUGUUUUUUUUGUUUUUUGUUUUUUUUUUAAUUGUUUUUGUGUUCUUAGAAAUGGAUUUAUAGAAAAAUAAUAAACCAUAAUACUGUUUGUGCUUAGAACAGGUGUUUAGAUGGUUACUGUGGGAAUACUGAUUCCAAAUGUAGUCAUGGUCCCUAAGAAAGACUUGUGAGCUGUUAUAAUAUACACCCAUUCUUUACCUCUCGUUUUUGUUUCUUAUACUUGUAGUAAAAAUCUAUGUUUCUGUCUUAUUCUGUCCAUCUAAUAAUUGCUAACCAGUAAGAAUAUGAGAUGACUUCUAGUAUAUAGCCAGCAGCUGGAAUGGUCAUUACUGUCCUUUACAGGUUGCCUGUAAAGCUGGUUUAUAGGAAAAAUUCUCUCUCAGGAAAAUGCAAUCCUUAAAUUAGUGUCACUCAGACUUUAACGAUGAAUGACAGGACAGCAUACUGUUGUGUCUUCUAGGGGCUUGGCCUGGUUACAGCAAAUGACACUGAUCUCAUUAAGCUGAGGCAGGGUCCAGGAUGGAGAAUUGUGGGGAGGGGUAAGCCAAGGAGGCUGAUUUAGGCAGGCAGAGUGUAUUAAACACAUAUCCUGUCACGUAGGGAGGCAAGAGGGCAGGAUGAGUUUUCACUCAUUUAGUUUUGAAAUUUCUGUCUUUGGGAAGUCCCAUGUGUUUAGAAGGUAGACUUAGAGGCUAGAGAGAUGGCUUCUUGCUUAAGAGCAUGUACUGCUCUAUCAGAGAACCUGAGUUCAAUUCCUAGCACAACUGCCUGUAACAUAAGCUCCUGGGUCCAACUCUACUAGCCUCCUCAGGUACCUGUACUCAUGUAUGUAAUUACAAACAGACAUAUACAUACAAUUAAAAGUGCAGCUCUUAGCAAAGAAAGCUCCAUUUCCUGUAUCCAAGUCUAGAUAUUUAUGAUUUGUUUCUCUUACAGUAUUUAGAACCUUUUCAGUUAAAUCUCAGCAAUAUCACUUAAACAUUUUUUGCCUAAGUUAUAUAAAGAUGCAACAUUAGAUUGUGUGUUCAUAUAUAAUCUGUGUGCAUACGUAUGACUCCUGUGAGCAGUUUAAAGCAUAGCAGUUAAUAUAAUUUAUACAUACAUGUGUGUAGAUAUAUGUAUAUGUUUAACUAUUGUGUGUGCUCCUAAUGUGGAUGCAGGUGCAUGUAUACCACAAUUCCUCCCCAUGUGGAGAUCAGAGAACUUUGGAGUUCUCUUUCACAGCAUGCACGUUUACUCACUGAGCCAUCUCAUUGGCCCAGAUGUUUUGGAAUUUGUCACUAUGUAAUUGUUGAAAUUUCUACUUUCAUAAGCAAAGUAUGUGUGUAUUACUUAUUGUUUAAAACAUUAAAGAAUAUUUUAUAGAACAUUU